AUGAUAAGACAGCGUCUGCCCCAGAUUACAAGAGCAGCUCGACGAUCAUUCUAUCCCGGUCGCAUACCCUGCUCACAUAGUCUAACCACUUCUCGUAUAUCUCUAACCGAAUCCGACGGUGUAUCAUCCAACGCUCGUAUUGGAAGACCACAAGAUAUAUCCCCUCGAGCCAGCAAUAUCCCUACCAUAUCAUCUGAUGAGAGUAGAACCAGAGUAUCGUGGCCUGAUGGAAGGGAAACUUCCUUUGACAAUUACUUCUUGUUCGAUCAUUGUCGAUGUCCGAAAUGCUUUCACCAACAGACAAAGCAGCGGUUGAAAACUCUCAGUGAGAUACCAACGGACAUUCAUCCUACUUCAGUUGAAGUCGACAAAACCGGCGUACACUUAACAUGGUCAACAUCCGAUUCUCAUGAAUCGUCCUUUCCCUUGGAAUUCCUCAGAAGAUCAGCGUAUGACCCUCCACUAGCUUCAUACAGGGAUGAAAUGGAGAGUCGUAUACUGUGGAAUUCUCAGAUAGAACAAUCUCCUCCGUCGGUUCGAUACAGCGAGAUCAUGAGUACCGAGAAGGAGAAUGAUACUAGUGGAAGGGCGAUUUUGAAACUGCUCAAUCGAGUGCACGAUUUUGGAUUCUGCUUUAUCAACGACGUGCCAGCUACAGGCGAAGAGACAAAGGAAGUGAUAGAGAAAGUUGCCACCAUACGUAACACGCACUAUGGCGGUUUCUGGCAAUUCACCGCUGAUCUCAGUCAUGGUGAUCUUGCCUACUCCAACGAAGGUCUACCCGCUCAUACAGAUACAACAUACUUUACCGACCCAGCCGGUUUACAGAUAUUUCAUCUUCUCUCUCACCCUUCACCACCAGGUACAGGGGGUGCAACUUUACUCGUAGAUGGAUUCUACACCGCUCAUUUACUUUCUACCCUUUAUCCAACUUCUUAUUCACUCCUUUCUCGAAUGAGGAUACCUGCUCAUGCAUCUGGAACUGAAGGCACGAUGUUGAGACCACCUCUCAGUCAACCUUCCUUCAGACACGAUGAGAAAGGUCAGUUGGUCCAGGUAAGGUGGAAUAACGAAGAUAGAGGUGUGAUAGGUCAGGGUUGGACACCUGAUGAAGUAAAGGGAUGGUAUCAGGCUGCUAGGAGGUAUGACGAGUUGAAUAGAAGUGAGGAUGCUGAAUAUUGGGUACAGUUGAAACCUGGGACUGUCUUAGUCAUCGAUAAUUGGAGAGUCAUGCAUGGAAGAUCAGCUUUCACAGGAUCACGGACAAUGUGCGGCGCCUAUGUCGGUGCGGAUGAUUGGUUAUCUCGCCGUGCAGCUCUGACAAAGAAAUACGAGAUACGUAAGAAAAGUAUCCUUGAUGAAGAUUGGAGUGUUGGUUGGUAA